CCGUGUUGAUCAGUGUACUUUAAUUGUCGUUGAUUAAAACUUACGUGACGAUGGAGUUAUUCACUUUAGCAACGUUGAUCUUAUUAUGUCUGUUCAUGUUGCUGUUCAUUUUUAAUUAUUAUCUGCAUCAUAAUAGAAGAGGCUUAUUGAUCGACAAGAUUCCGGGGCCCAAACCUUUGCCGUUGCUUGGCAAUAUGUUGGAUUUUAAUAUGCCUUAUGAACAUUGGUGGUACUUUGCCAGAAAUUCAGCGAAGGACUAUUAUCCUGUUUAUAAAUUAUGGUUUUUGCACCGUCCGUCUGUUAUGAUACAUCAUCCUGAUGAUAUCAAGAUAUUGUUAUCGAGUAAAACAAUGAUCAAGAAAGCUUCAGUUUACGACUUCCUACGUCCAUGGUUGGCUACUGGCCUUCUAACGAGUACAGGUGAUAAGUGGCGAAGACGGAGGAAAAUUAUUAAUUCAAUGUUUCAUUUCAAAAUUCUCGAGGGGUUUAUGGAGACAUUCGUUGAACACACUGAUAAACUCGUGAAAACUCUGCUAUCUGAAGCGCAGUCUGGUGAUGUUGUUAAGGAUCUUCUGCCCAUGUUUUCAAUAUACAGUCUUGGAAUAGUUUGUGAUACGGCUAUGGGAACUAGGUUGAAUGAUGAAGACAAUACCCUGAAGGAGUACAGACAAGCACUUCGUGAUUUUAUAAACCUGUUCUUUUGGCGAACAAUAAAGCCGUGGCUGAAAAACGACUUGAUUUAUUCGAUGACAGCUCAAGGCAGAAAACAGGCCAAAGUUUUGAAAAUCAUGCAUGGAUUCACAAAAAAAAUAAUUGAAGAACGAAAACAGUACCAUGACUCAACUGAUGGGCAAGAUAUUGAAGCAUUUUCAGCGGCAGGAAUGGAAUUCAACAGUGAAACAGCAGACCUGAAGAAUGGUAGACGUCUCAGCUUCGUCGACCUUUUGAUUACGAUAUUCCGCAGAGACCAGGGAAUUGACAGCAAUGGAAUACAGGAGGAAGUGGAUACUUUUAUUGCUGCGAGUCACCAUACCACCGGUCAGUCUUUGGUUUUCACAGCAUUACUUCUGGCAGAACAUCGUGACAUCCAGGCACGUUGCAGAGAAGAAGUAAUAGAAGUCAUGAAGGGGAGCGUCAAUGGAAAACUGGAUAUGAGAAAUGUGCAGAAGCUCAAUUACCUUGAUCGAUGCAUCAAAGAGUCCUUGCGACUGUAUCCGUCUGUGCCUUGUUUCAGUCGGAGAACAACCGAAGACAUACAACUAAAAACUUGUUUCAUACCUGAAGGAUCUACGAUUAAUAUUGAAACUUUUGACACUCAUCGAGAUCCGCAUUACUGGCCUCGUCCAAAUGUGUUUGAUCCUGACAGAUUCUUACCAGAAAAUUCAGCGGGAAGACAUCCAUUUGCUUAUAUACCAUUUAGUGCUGGAACAAGGAAUUGCAUCGGGAAACACUUCGCCAUGUUGGAAUUGAAGACAACAUUAGCAGGAUUACUCCGCAAUUUUUACCUUGAACCAAUGGAGUUGGCAGGCAGUGUUCGAAUGGUGCCAGAUUUAUCGUUAAAUUGUAUAGGCGAAGUGCUUCUCAAAUUUAUUCCUAUUCGUAAUGAAUGAUUUUUCGUCACAUCUGCACGGAAACUUCGAUUAUCCUCUCCAAAUGACGCGGUCUAAGUGGCUAAUUUCAUUCCUUGGAUUUCCGUUGUUUUCGACGAUCCUCGAACUGACGUAACCCACGUUCCUCCGUUCAUUUACGGAGAAAAAGCGCACUUUACCAUGCAGUUAUGCCGAAAAAAUUGUAUAUGCAUCUAAGAAGCAAAUCAGGAUAGUAAAAGCUACGUGUUUACUGACCUCGGCUUUGCCUGUUUUCCUUCCUUGGUGCACAAUAUACUAUUCUGACUACCAUUAAUGAUUCAGCGAGCAAUGUAUUGCUCCAACGGUCAUUCAACCUGAGCACUCACAUGGUAUGUCUGUUCAUUUUUCGUUUUCUUAUUGAUUUUGUUUCAAAAAGAAAUUAUUCAUCAACGUUCUUAUUGUAUUGAAUGUUAAAGUUAAUGAAAAUAAUGCGUCUCGUUUUAUCACAUGUUCAAUUUCAAUGUUGCAAUGCCCUAUUCACUAAUUCUGAAUUUCUGUGCUCACUGAUUAAGAUUUUAAUUCUAAUUAUAAUCCAAAUACUAUUUCAAGUGAAAAACAA